AUGGGUCAAGAUGACCAACAACAACAGCCUGCCCAUGGCCGGCAGAUGAGCACGAUUUCUGGAGCUCCUGAACCAGAACCACAGCCAGUGAACACACCAACAGGUCAGGCACAACUUGGACUUGGACUUCAGCCUGUACCUGUCCCUUUUCUUGCACCUCAGACUGGCAACCUCCAAACAGCACUUCGAGAUCCAGAUCGUCUUGAUGGCUAUCGAGCUGUCCAAAGACAACAUGGUCAACAGCCACAGCGACCUUACUUUGUAGAAGACGAUGAUUUUGAGUGCGAAACAAUGCCUUCCGUUUUGAAGAGCAAGCGUUUGGAGAAGAUGCUCAACUAUGAGGAUGAGGUGUUUUCCCCAUCCCAGUCAGAAGAAGAGCAAGAACAAUGUUUUGUGGAAGUUUCUCAAGGGCCAGGUGAUGUUUUUCUCACUGGAAAAGCUGUGCGAUCUGAGAUUUCUUUGAAAGAUCUUUCACCAGAAGAUCGUGCCAAGUAUGAUGUCAGUAUGGCGAAAGAGUGGUCAUCCUGGCAAAAGUUCAAUGCUGUAGAAGUCCUUUCACCUCAGCAGAUUGAGGACCUGCCCGAAGAUGCCAAGAUCAUCGGGACCAGAUGGGUCCACACUGACAAGAACCAGAAAAAGCGCCUCAUGUCUGCCGCUCUUCAAGGUAGAACUGGAAAGUCACAAGCUCAAAUUCAGAAAGAGUUUCCACUGGAAGCAAAGAGCCGUUUAGUUGUCCAAGGUCACCAAGAGACCGACACAGGUAUCAGAAGCGAUUCACCAACGGCCAGUCUUCUUGCUUUCAAUUUGGUUUGUGCAGUUGCUGUUAUUCAGAAGUGGAUUGUCAUGGCUUGUGACGCAUCCACUGCCUAUCUCCAAUCAAAUGGCAUCAGCCGCUUGCUGCUGCUCAGGCCACCGAGACCACCUCCUCCUGGAAUUUUGCCUCAUGAUCUUCUUCGAGCUCUUGGCUCAAUUUAUGGUACCAAAGAUGCUGGCAGAGCUUGGUGGAAGAAGCUCUACAAAACCCUGAGGUACUAUAACUGGAUCAUGUCGCGCCUUGAACAUGCGCUCUUUUUCCUGGUGGUCGAUGGAAAACUUUGUGGCAUUCUCAUCACACAUGUCGAUGAUUUGUUUUGUGCUGGAGAAGGUAAACAGUUUCAUGAUUCCAUUGAGGCCAUGCAAAAGGACAUCUAUUUAAAGAUCAACAAGGGCAAGUUUCGUUUUUGUGGAAAGAACGUUUUCCAGCGUGAUGAUUUUUCCAUUGAGGUUGACCAGUACGAUGCCAUCGAGGCGAUCGACUACAUGGUGUUUGCCGCCGACCGGCGCAAAAUGGUGAACAGCCCCCUGACGGAGGCAGAGCAGUCUUUGUUCAGAGGCCUCAUAGGCCAGAUGGGUUGGGUCACUCGCCAGUCUAGGCCAGACCUCAUGGUGAAUGUUAGCGUUGCUGCCCAAAGUAUGAGUUCCCCAAAAGUGAAGGAUGUGAUCAAUUUGAACAAAGCAGUGAAAGCCCUCAAAGAGAGCUACGAAGCCAAAUGGAAUUUCAUCUACAACGACGAAAUGACUCUGGAGAAUUGCUGCGUUUUCGUUUUUGCUGACAGCAGUUUUGCGAAUGGCGAAAAUUUGAAGUCCCAGUGCGGCUUCAUCACUGGUCUUUCUGUUUCUGCACUGAAGGAUGGAUCCUCCUGCCCCAUCAUGAUCCUCGAAACGUAUUCAGGUAGCAUCAAAAGAGUUUGCCGCAGUACUCUGGCUGCUGAAUCAAAUGGAUUUUUGAAUGGAGUUGAAGCUGGGGACUAUUUGAGGACCCUGCUGAUGGAGAUCACGCAUCCAGGUGAGUUCACGGACGCCAAAAGUCUGGAACAGACGCUCAACCGCGAUGCAGGUCAGCCAACUGACAAACGUGUCCGCAUUCUCGUGUCACAAGUGAAGGAACUGAUAGGUGAAAACACGUAUGAAGAUGACUCUGAUGCUUUUGCAAUCUGGACGGACACGUCCCAAAUGCUAGCUGAUGUUCUCACCAAGCUUGGUUGUGAAAGGGAAUCCCUUUUGCAUGCGUUAGAGUGUGGCCGAUGGCAGUUGGAGCCCACAGAGCCGGCCAAGCUGCGCAAGGUAGAAAUCAGAGCUGGCAGACAUGCCAGGAAAGCUGCCAAGAAGGCAGCCAGCAUUUCCAAUCCUGUUGUGGCUGAGGACGGGCCGCUGGUGGAGCAAGUAGCCCAAAAUAUGGGCGUUCAAACCUUGGUGAGCCCUGCAAUGUGUGGAGACAUCGGCAAGGGAACAUCCUGGAUGGGCAGCUUCCUGAACGCUUGCCAGAACUGUCGCAUCGAUGCCAUUGCCAUCCACAGAUGGGCUUCGAAGUUUGGUGGACAGCUACCGCCACUUCGGCAAGAAGAUUUGGCUCACCGAGCAUCGUGGCAGAUCAGGUUUGCCUGUGCAGAUCAGAAUUUUGACGUGUCGAUGAAUGGCCAAAUUCGCUUCAUGAAAGAAGUGGUGCCGUGGUUGGAGCAGGAAGACAUCAUCGAGAAAUAUGCCUGGUUUAGCUACUUCACCAACGAGUGGCGGUAUGGCAUUACCAAUCCCAAUCCAGAUGCAGGGCUGGUCCAUCAAAAUGGUGACCUUUCGGCGCUGGGCCGAGUUUAUGUGAACCUGGGCACUGCCAGGCGUCUUGCGGACGACGUGAACGCCAGCGCUGGCGAUCCCAUUUUCGCGUGA